GGCUCUGCCCCCAACAGUCCAAGAGUUGCUCGCGAACUUCACGCCGGCAACCAUCGGGAGAGAAACAACGAUCUAUAUGUGACGCUGCUUGGUUGGACUUCUUCUCUUACCUGUUCAAUAUCCUUUACCUUUACCACCCGAGGCAUCUCACUUUCUCGUGACCAGGCCAUCUUACCAUUCUCGUAUUACACAAACGAAACAGUCGUCGUGCCGGCCAGCAUGCGCGCCUUGUUAAUGAUCGCGAUCGUUGGCCUUGCCCACGGUCAAGAAUACUUUCGAGAACCCGAAAAAGUAGUGAGCGAAUCUCGUGACCUUGGUGAUACACGAGGCCAUUACUCGUUUGCAUACGAGACCGAGGGUGGAAUUCUUCAGAAAGAAAGUGGUAGUAGGAAGUACGCCGGCACACCAGACGAGACUCAGCUGAUUCAGGGUUCGGUUCAGUACAAUGCACCCGAUGGAACACCGAUUGCUAUGAGCUGGACUGCCGAUGAAUUUGGCACUCAAGUGUCGGGUACUCAUAUCCCAACUCCACCACCAAUUCCACCAGCGAUUCAACGAGCUCUCGAAUGGAUUGCCAAACAACCCUCGACCAGUGAACAACCGGAUCUGCCUCAACCCCACCAACAGCAACAGCCGAAGCAACAACUCUCUUACAGUCAAAAUGCUGUUAUCAAUUCUAACAUUAAUCGUCCUAACAGAGUGCUAUCGAAUAAACGAUUCUGAACAUAGUAUUGCUUAAGUUAGCGUAGAGAUCCGUCCGAUCGUGAAUUCGCGUAAUGUAAUGUUAAAUAAAUUUUUAUGGUUUUUUAUUUUUUAUACAAAAAAGAGUAUAUAUAUAUAUGUCGAUGCGUUAUAAAAGAGAUAUAAAAAAUGAAAUUUUAUACAGAAAUUUAAGGAGAAUGAUAGUCAUUUGUGAUCUCAUUAGAAGCUUUGCAACCGAGACGGAAGAAAAAUAAAGGACUUUUCUUUUUUUAUUCAAUCAAGUAUAAAUGAUUAACUGGAGGAAAUCGAUGCAAUUUCAUAAAUGUCGUAGAUUUUAAUCAUUAAAUUUAUGUUCAUUCUAAGAUAUAGGACGACGAUAUUUGAAAACUUUUUACAAUUUUACGUAGAUAUAAGUACCCUCAUUUUGUAAUACCCAUUUUUAUUUAUAAUGUGUCUCGAAUAUCUAACGCGCGAUUAUACUCGUUGAAUUUUUUUUUUGCUCGCAGUGAGCGUAAAAAUGUUAUGGAAAAUUUUACUGUUAAUUCAAAGAGUUAUGCGACGAGUGACUUUUUAAAUGAAUAUCAAAUGAUAUAACGUGAAAUGUGUUUUAGUUUCUCGUUUUUUAAUCGAUAAUUGAGUUUUGCCUUUCACGAGAAAGGCAGAAAGAUUAUGCUAAUUCAAUAGUGGUUUCGAUCAUUUUCAUUCGCACGUUUCGUCGAACGAUAAUGUUUCGAUGUUUUAGCAUUAAAAACACCGUUCGAUCGAUACACCUCGCUAAAUAUACUCAGACUCAACUAGAUUUAA